AUGCAAAGUGGUACUGAAAGAAAAGCUAGGAAGACCAAAUUCUUCGAGAGAGUCUACAACAUCUUUGACAAGUACAAGAGAGCUCUAUUAGUGCAGUGUGAUAAUAUCUCUGCUCGACAGAUUCAUGAUUGCAGGAAAGAGCUCAGGGCUGGCAAUUCUUUGAUGCUCAUGGGAAAGAACACUCUUAUUAAAGCAGCUCUACAGAAGAGACUCACUAAGCCUAUUAGAGGAGAUCCAGAUUUUGAAGGAAGAAGCAAAACUUGGACUCCUAUUGAUUAUAUGGAGCCAUUUGUUAAAUUAUUAAAGGGAAAUCUAGGAAUAAUUUUAACUAAUCAUGAUUUGGCUGACAUUAAGGAGAUCAUUGAUAGACAUGCUAGAGAAGCUCCUGCAAAAGUUGGUGCCAUCGCUCAGUGUGAUGUCUGGAUUAGAGCUGGGCCAACUGGAUUGGAGCCAAGACAGACCCUCUUCUUUCAGAAUUUAGGAAUUCCGACAAAGAUUUCUAGGACUCAGAUUGAAAUUACGACAGAUAAGCAAAUUAUCUUCGAAGAAGAGAAAGUUGGCAGCAACGAAGCCGCUCUUUUGCAAAAACUAAACAUUAACCCAUUUUCUUACAAGUUGAAAGUUGUCAAUGUAUUUGAUAAUGGAAAGGUAUAUGGUCCAGAAGUCCUCAAUAUAACCCCAGAGACCAUUGUUGAGUCAUACAAGAAGGUUAUCUCCAAUGUUGCCUGUCUUUCUCUUGAGACUGGUAUUCCGACCAAAGCCUCUGCAUCACACAGUAUCAUGAGAGUGUUCAAGAACUUGCUUGCUGUCACCUUUGAAAGUGACUACACAUUUAAACAGGCUGAUAUAAUCAAGGACGCUGCUGUAGCAGUCUCCGCUUCACACAAAAAAUCUGCUGAUGAGGAGCCUGAUAUCCAAGAGCCACAGGAAGAAGAAGCUGAAGAAGACUUCGGAGGCGGUGCUGCCAAUCUAUUCGGAGAUGAUUCCGAUGACUACUAG